AGAAGUUUUCUCUAGGAGGAUGCAGAACCCCUGAUCUCUGUCUGACAGUGUUGAUUGGCCCUAUGCUAAUCACAUGCACACUCCCAAAAAAAAAAAAUGUCUCUAGCAAUACACACCAAAUUGAACAUGUGCCGUGUCUCCACAUGAUUUGUCUUAUCUGGAAGAAGGGGAGGAUCAGAGAAGUCAGGAUCAAACCACCUUUUUACACAAUGCAGAGGAUUAACCCCUUUAGGUUCCACAGUGAGUAUAACAAGCAUGCUUUACUGCAUAUACAGACUGAUUUUACUGUUUGGGUUUAGUAACACUUU